AUGAAACAAGAUCCAUCCCUUCUGUCGACCGCAUACUCUAAUCGCGACAACAUUGCUCCCUCUAAUAGCCACCGUCGCUCUCUAUCCCUGUCGAACUCCAGCAUGACAAAUCUCAAAUCGCAGCACGAGAUUGAAGGCGGAUCAUUCUCCAGCAACAACAGCGAUCAUAGCUCUACCUCAGUACAGUCCAUGUCUCCUCGCACCACGUAUGCUGGUUGCAGUACCGCUUCCGCUCGCAACACUUCAUCUGUUCCUCCCUCUGUGGUUGGCGACGGUGCAAAUCAGUUCUCGCCAGACCAGUGGGUCAUAUCACCAGAGGAGCGCGCUCUCAUGACCAACAGUGCGCACUUUGCUCGUGACCGUCGUCGCCGUCGUACUGCUAUUCAGCUCGAAGCUCCCUUGAAGUCACCUCUCCAUUUAUCAUCGUCACCGCCCUCUUUCCCUCGUAUUCGUUCGCCUGUUUCUCCUGUCGCACCACAUCACUCCCCGGUUCCUGACGGUUUUCGCAAUGACGGUUGUUCAGAUGUUGCUCCUUCAACUACUCCGGAUACUGACAGUGUACCUCCUCGUGGUCGUCUGCAGCGCUCAUUCACACCCUCCGAGCGUAAAGAUGCUGGACCCGCCAUCCUACCCGGUCUUCUGCGUCGCCUGGGCCGCCCAUUCUCUGGCCCAUGGCGAGGCCCUUCAUCACUACUUACUUCUAUUCCCGCGACUGAUACACAGGCAGCAGGUUCUUUGUCGCGUUUGCGUCGUAUGUUCUCUCGUCGUCGCAGGGGUUGA